CUCGCUCACUCUUUUCCUCUUCCAUUUUUUAGGGCAAUUGUUUUGUUUGAUAGACGAAGCUUAGGGUCUCUUUGGAUUUGCAACCCUUACCCUCCUGGAAAAAAUCAUAGUUGCUAGACUGCGACACUUCAGACCAGGUACUAUUAGAGCCGCUAAUGGACGACGAGCUAUUUUCCGCUAUCCGGAGCUCAAGCAUUUGAGCCGCUAAAUGGACGAGACUCCUGGGGUAAAGGAUGCAGAGAAUGAGGAGAAAACACUCGUAUGGAGCAGGGAGUAGGUAUUGUACUACUUCCUGGUAUGGAGCACUGAGAAGCGCAAUGUGCAACAGAAAUUACCAUGGUGAUACAGUAGAUUACCGUGUGAAGCGGUGUGAGAUGCAGCAAAGCAUUAGGCGAUUUGAUCGCAGGACAAGAGAGGAGCUGAUGGACGAUCUCUCCAGUGUCCCUCUUGGUUCGGAGCAGCGCCGAGUGCUGACGUUGGGACUUGGAUCCAAGGGACUGCCAUGGGUUCGCCUGCAGCAGUGGUCUAUGCCGACAUUGUUAUGCUGUAUUUGGAGAAGCAGUACGUUUUGCCGAUCUUAGAGGGGGAGGGUUUAGAGGUUCAGGUUUAUAGACGCUUUAUCAUUGCAUGGUUGCGAAGGUCAAGUUCAGCGCACUUUAGAUAGGAUUAAUAAGUGUUCGGCCCUCAAGUUUUCUCAUGAACUGGCACAUGAUGGCAUUGAUUUCCUGGACACCACAGUUUUCCGUAGUAAGAGAUACAUGGCCUCAUUUCAAGUUCACCAAUCGUUUCCUGUAUCUGCUUGUCGGUAGUAACCACCCCUGUAGUAUGGGCAAAGGUGUGUUCACUGGGGAGUUGAUCCGUAUCCGUCGGUCUUCGACCCUUGACCACCACUACGAAGCUGCUGCCGAGCGGCCGAAGCAGGCUUUCCGGGCCCGUGUAUACAAGCGCUCCAUCUUUCAUCUUUCAGACCCGUACACUAGGAAUGGAUGCGCAGGGAAGAGUUCUAGCAUCCGUAGCUGCCUCAGGGGGUGCCACUUCUCCCAUCAGCGUCGACUAGUCCGCCGAUCUCACUCAGCUCUGCUCUCCGAGCAUUCUGCUUCCAACACGACUUCCCGAAAGAAAAUGUGCUCGCGCAUUAGGAGGUGAAAGAUGCACCUGCAGGAGAAUACAUGCUUAAGAGAAGGCAGAAACAUGCCCGGAUCCACCAGAACUAGUGCUGGCAAGUCAACAGAGGCGAGUACUGAUAAUGUUCCAGAUUGUGGUAGGAUCACAUAAGCAAAAUUGACACUGGGAGGCACGGCGGUGGGUCAGCUCAUGGCCAGCGCCAGCUCCAGUGGAUAUCACGUGCAUCCAGUUCUAGUACUAUAGUAUGACUGCUACAAAGUAGUGCGGCCCAAAUAGAACUCGGGUCAGGUGCCGAAGAACUGGGGGGGGGGGGGGGGGGGCAUGUAUCAAUGAAUGGUAAUAACUCCGGAAAUCAUGCUGGUGUAUCGAGGGCGUGGGCCAAUGAAGUGCUGGAUUGAUGGUGGACGACUGUACUGCAAUCUUGGCCGGUCCCACUAUCGCAGAGACAGCACUUCCGGGUGCAACCACCCUAUCCUGCAAUCUAUAUAAUAAUUAUUAUAAGAGAUUUGUGUGAACGAUUUUAGCAUGAUGCAAGUCAGCUUAUUGUGCUGGGGGCCUGGCUACAUGUCACUAUAGCUUUUUAUAGACUCGAUCACCGCAUUACGCUGCCUUGCGUUGACUUGAUUGAGCACUCUUUUUGGUUAGUGUCAAAGGUAUAUGUAAUAUGUAUCUGCCUUCGUGCAAAGCUCUCUUUGUGCGUGUCUUGCAGAUAGCUCGCUGACUUUGAUGCUUUGAGCCAUUUUCAAAUUGCUUUUUUUGUUCAUUUCAUAUAGACCGUAUUGCCAUUUGUUUAACCUCCCG